AGGUCACGUGCUGCAAGAUCAAAGCAGAAAGGAACUGAGCUGUGUGACGUCAUGCCGUGAGCGUUCACGUGCACACAAGUGAGCGAUCUCACGCGUGCGCACAUAAAACGCUUUGAAAGCUGCAACUGCAUUAAAAUCAGAAUCGUUUUGAUGGAGAAGCCCCUCGCUAAUAAAUCACAGACGCAUAAACAGUGUUUUAGUUUCAGCGCCGACGUUGAAGUCGGUGUUGUCAAACUUUCAAUCAUACCUGUAGCUAGUUCUUUGAAUCUCUCAAAUGGGUUGAAUGGCGGUUGUUUUCCACCAUCAUCGCAGAGCAUUCCUCCAGCAGGUCCAACGCCUGAUUCAAGAAAACCCGCGACUCCGGCAGCUGUGCUCCGAAGCAGUUUGCUAAUGUGAUGGUUAACUAGCUAAAGAAUCCCAACAUAUACAAGGUACUUAAAAAACCAAGGGAACGAAGAAGGAUGAGGAGAAGUCGAGACAGCGAUCUGACUGAUUGGUUAAUCUGAGGCUCUCAGUGCUUCUCGGAUUCACACACAAAUGUACCGUCGAUUUCCUCAAAUAUCAAGCGUGGUCCGGUGCACGCUGUCACUACCGAUCGGUGCCAAUGUCAUUCCCAAUAUGCGCUGGCAUGACGUCGGAGCAGCAUGAGUACGAGCAUUUUUUUUUUUUUUUUUUUUUUUGCCGAUGCCCGUCAUGCCGCCCCCCACCACGAUGCCGCCCUGGGCAACCGCCCGUGUCGCCCGUAUCAAAAACCGCUACUGUACACCUGUGUAAAUAAUUAACAAUAAAAUAAUGCUUCCCAAAGAUAUUUAGGACAUUUUUAAUUCACCCUGUAAAUAGAUAAUGAAGAACUGAGGUACACGAAUGAAAUUAGUUACUGCUAAAAACCUGCUUAGCUUAUGAAAACAGCAUUUUGAGCACAGUAAAAAUGGCUUUUUGAUUUUUUCAAAUUAUCCUCGUGCUUAUUCAGAGGGACAAAAAGACCCGUGCAAAUAUAUUCAGUUAUCAGGUUUAAGAAAUUAUUACAAAAAAUAUAAAACCUUGAAAAUUCACACAAUGUGGGAAAAAGAAAGCAAUAAGCAUUUAUUUUAUUUUCUGAUCAUUACGGAAACGUGAAGACUUUAGAGGCUAUUGGAAAACUUUAGAUCCUCCUACCUACUCCUCAGGCAGAGAGAUCCGAGGGCAUGGUGACGCUGUUAACCUGAUUGGUCAGUAGCUGACGAGUUCAUUCCCGUUACUUCUCUUAUCCAGAACGUAAUCAGUGCCGGGGAGGUUAUGGUCAACGCGAAACCCAAACAAAAAACGCUUCAAGCGGAAGCCAGAAAGAAUCCUGACCGUCUGACGACGAAAGAAAAGUGGAUGUCACUGAGCAACAACAAGACGGGAAACAUCUUUCUCACCCUGUUCAGCAUCUCUUCAGCCCUGGCUAUGGUGAUGCUGGGGGCCAGAGGCAACACAGCCACACAGAUGUCAGAGUGCUUGCAAGCCAAGGAUUGUUGGGGUGAUGUUCACAGCAGCUUUGCCAAACUUCUCACUGAACUCAACAGGCCAGAGGCUCUAUUUACCUUCACUGUUGCUAACAGACUGUACAGAGAGAAGUCCUGCCCCUUUACUCAGAAAUUCUUAAUACAAAGCAAGAAACAUUACAGCACAGAGCUGGAGUCUGUGGACUUCAAGACCAGGUCUGAAGAAGUCAGGAUUGAUGUCAACAACUGGAUGCAGCAACAACACCAGGUGGAUCACAUUUACACAUGUAACAUCACAGAGGUGGUGGAUGAAGAUGAUUUGAGUGAACUGACCAGGCUGGUGUUGUUCACUGCCACCCACUUCAGAGGCAGCUGGAUUAAAGAUUUCUCGUGGUUUGAAACUUAUGAUGCUCAAUUUUGGCUUAAUAAGCUGAAGAAGGAGCUGACCUAUAAAAAGUUUGUGGCUUGGACUCAUCCAGGCAAGAUGCAAACAUGUUACAUUGAUGUGAGGCUGCCUCGAUUUACACUGGAGGAGACGUAUGACCUGAACACAGUCCUGAGCAGCAUGAGCAUGGUGGACGUCUUUGAUCACACAAAGUGUGACUUCUCUGGCAUGUCUGGGCACAAAGAUCUGGUACUUUCAAAAGUCAUCCACAAGGCUUUUGUGAAGGUCCACGAGAAGGCAACUGAGGCUACUUUUGAAGCUAUAGGUGGGUGUGAGCUUCAGUCGGGCAAGAUAAGACGGGGCAAUUUAAGAUACUUCAUCGCAGACCACCCCUUCCUCUUCUUCAUCAGACAUAACCCCACCAUGAACAUCCUGUUUGCUGGUCGGUUCUGCUGCCCUGUGUGAGCUCUGUGUCCUUUAGAGCAGCUCAGUACCAGAAGUCUUUAGUGUUUAGUUGGAGAACCUUUCAAAAUCACUGCACAACAGCGCUGUAUUCAUAUUAAUA